GCAAGAUUGUGUUUCUUCUUGGCAAUCUUGCAGACGUAAGCAGAGGACAAGGAACGCGCAUAAUGGACUACCAGGUAGCAUAUCAUGGCGUCGUGGAUGGCGAUACCAUCCUGAUUCUGGAGCGAGUGCACCUGCGUGAUGCUGCGGUUGGUAUGGAGCCAUGGGGAUCAUCACCGGAAGGUCGGAGCAUGACGAGGACAUAUGAUAUAAAUUUGAAUGGUCGUAUGGUUCUUCGUGUGGGGUUUGGUUUUUCCUACCUUCGGGGAUCUUUAGUUGCUCUUCGUUUCUGUAUGCGUCGAUUUGGUGAAGUGAUUCUCGUAGGGGAGCCAGCGGAAGGCAAGGAUAUACUGUUGUGCAUCCUAAAGGCAUUGGUGACUGCGCUCGCGACUGAACAUCAAGGUUUUAUAGUUCCAACGGCUGGUUGGGAUGUGGCAAUAGAAGAUCCCUUAUCGCGCCAGGACUUGUGGGGAGAGAUCAAGGAGUACGAGGCGCUGUGGGAUUCCGGUUCUCAGGGCGACUUCAUUCACCCCCAUGUGGUGAAAGAAGCCCGCUUACCUACGACCGGGUCUCCGUCUCCCAUCUCUGUCAGCCUAGGGGAUGACAAGACCCAACGCUUCUUCGAUCAGACAGUCACCGACCUCCCUUUCUUCCUCACUCUCGAGUCGACUGAUCGUUCCCCGGCGUUUCGUCGCCACCGCUCCUCUGCACAUUUCGAUGUGAUGGAGACAGGGUACGACUUCAUUCUCGGCACUCUGUGGUCUCGUCGGUUCCGCAGCACCGAGGUCGAUUGGGCGACCAACACUCUCGUUCUCAAAACGAAGUGUGGACAGAUGUAUCGCGUACCUUUCAUAGGUACCACCACGACACCACGCCCCGAUCCUCCUCCCCCGGAGCCUUCCGUGCCCACACCACCUCCUUCUAUCACGGUCACCUCGCCUCAGCAGUUUGCCCACUUCAUCCGACUGGACGACGUCACCUUCUUUAUGGUGAACGUGAAGAAUCUCUUACACUAUGAUCCACCCUGUCCCGAUGCCGAGCUCAUCCCUCUGGAGCCAGAUCCUCCUUCUAUCUCCAUGGCUCCCAUCUCUACUUCCGUCCCUCCGCCGUCCGUCGAGUCCACCCCGCCGUCGCGCGCUGACACUGACGAUGAGGAACUCGCACGAUAUACGGCCGACUUGGAGCCCGCAGUUCGUGACCUCAUCCGAGAGUACCACAACGUUUUCCCAUCGUCGUUCUCGUACGCCGGCAUCCCACCGAUGCAUGACGUCGAGCACUCCAUCCAGCUUGUGUCGGACUAUCGUGUUCACCACCAGACACCCUACCGACUCUCGAUCCCCGAGGCCACCGAACUCAAGCGUCAGCUUGAGGAGCUCCUGAGACUGGGUUUCAUUAAACCUAGCAACUCCCCGUGGGGUGCACCCAUCCUCUUUGCUCGCAAAGCGGAUGGAACUCUUCGUCUCUGCAUCGACUACCGCGGUCUCAACCGCUACACGGUUAAGAACAACUACCCCAUGCCUCGCUCCCAUGAGCUGUUCGACCGCCUAGCAGACAACCGCUUCUUUACGAAGAUUGAUCUUCGUAGAGGUUACCAUCAGAUCCGCGUCGCAGCAGCCGACCAGCCGAAGACCGCGUUGCGAUCGCGCUUCGGCCACUACGAGUUUACGGUGAUGCCAUUCGGCCUCACCAAUGCACCCGCUACCUUACACAGGGCGAUGAACGACAUCUUCAGGGACAUCCUGGAGCAGUACGUUCUCGUCUACCUCGACGAUAUCCCGGUCUACAGUCGUACCCUUGAGGAGCACCUCAGACGCCUCCGCGACGUCCUUGACCGCUUGCGCAGACAUGGCUUCUACGCCAAGCUAAGCAAGUGCCGCUUUGCCCAGCACAAAGUGGAUUUCUUAGGACACUACGUGUUUGACCAGGGUCUCCACAUGGACGACGCGAAGAUCACUGCUAUUGCGGAGUGGCCCGCCCCCACAUCCGCCAAGCAGCUUCGCAGCUUCCUAGGCCUGACCAGUUACUAUAGUAACUUCAUCCGGGGAUACGCUAGGUAUUCCUACGUCCUUACCUCCACCCUCCUCCGGAAGAACCCACCCUGGGCCUGGACACCCCUCCACGAGGACGCCUUCCUCGCCCUCAAGAAGGCGGUGACAUGUGCACCGGUUCUUCACCUACCCGAUUUUGACCGCCCUUUUAUUCUUACCACCGAUGCGCCAGACUUUGCUGUAGGAGUAGUGCUUUCACAGGUCUUCCCCUCCUCUCCUGAUUCCUCUCAUCCUCGUAUCCCUCGGGUCCCACCACCUACCCCUACCACUGCUUCCCGACUGACGCCUACUCGUCCAACUACUGACAAGCCCUCUACUGACUAUUCUCCUACCAUCGCCGAGGACGGCACUGUCGAGUCUCGCUCAGGUGAUUGUCCGAUAGCCUUUUACUCCCGUCAGCUCCUGCCCGCCGAGAUAAACUACACCGCUGAUGAACGUGAGGUUCUCGCAGUAGUUUAUGCUGCUCGACACUGGCGUCACUACCUGCAUGGGGCACCAUUCACGAUCCAGCUCUCUUCCAUCUCGGUCACCAUUGUCCACCACUCGGUGAUCGACGAGUUUCGCACUCAGUACUGCCACUGCCCCGACUAUCGCGACAUCCACGCGACCCUUCGGAGUGGCAAGACCGUCCCGAACUACUCUCUCGGGGACAAUGGUCUCGUGUACUGGCACGGUUCACAGGGCACCAGAGAGCCCCGUAUUUGCGUUCCCUCCACUGGACAGCUCCGUGUCCGAGCAGUAGCAAAGUUCCAUGACCCGGCAGCCGCCGGUCAUAUGGGCUUCCACAAGACGUUGGCUCGUGUAAGCCGCCUGUAUGUCUGGCCGAAGCCCAAGGACUUUGUGAAGGACUACGCCGCAGAGUGUCCCACCUGUCAGGAUGUGAACAGUGCGAACCACCUGCCUUAUGGUUUGCUCCAGCCUCUUCCCAUCCCAGAGGGUCGUUGGCAGUCCAUCUCGAUGGACUUUAUCGGUCCUCUUCGUCCUCUGACCCCCUGCGGUCAUGAUGCUAUCUUGGUCGUCGUCGACCGCUUCACGAAGCGUGCACGCUUUGUUCCGUGCCGCUAUGCCAUCAGUGCACGUGAGGUCGCUGACAUCGUGUUUGAUCGAGUCGUGCGUGACCACGGCUUACCUCUGAGCAUCAUAUCUGACCGAUUACGGCCAGCAGCGCAGUCGUCGUUGCCGUUAACGGCGAUGUCAGGCCCCUUUCCGGUACAAGCUGGCACACAGCCAAGUGGUACGUCUGUAGCAGCCGCACAGACUAUAGCUUCUUCUUCUUCUGGUCCAGCGGCUGGAGCUACACCACAGCCGCAACAAUUUGUUCCACCACAGGGACAUCAACAAAGUCCAUGUUACCCAAAGACCCCAAUGAAACCGCCCCUUGCCUUCUCCGGUGAGAAGAAGGACGAGGAGCUCAACACUUGGUUGAGAACACUUCCAAUGUGGGUAAGGGCAAAGAGGACGUUGCAGGAGGAGGAGGUGAUUACUGCUGCAUCUUACCUUGAGGGUAAGACAGCCAAAUGGCUGGAUGGGAUAGUAGCGAAGGCCGGGUUCGGACGAUGCAUGGCAGACUGGGGUAAGACCCUCACUUUAGAAGAGUUCUUAGAUAUGGUAGAAGCUCGCUGGCAUAAUCCGCAGCAGGCACAAAUUGCCACUGACGCAAUGUUGAGAUUGGACCAGCGAAAGUACAAGUCAGUCAGAGAGCUAACGUGUACCGUAGAGAACCUCAUCGUCGUUCCCGGUAUACGCUACGAUGACCAGGUCUUAUUGACCAUGUUUCUGAGAUGUCCGCCCGAGAAUCUCAGGACCUUACUGGCCAGCGAGGCUCGCCUUGAGUAUCAUUCCUUUGAGACCUUCUCUAGAAAGGCCCUAGAUUUGGAGGCUGCUCUAGGAAGUGCUCAGCCUACUCCAGUAGACGGGAGGAAGAAGAAGAGUCCACAAGAAUGGAAGAAGAAGGGUAGUAGAUUGAUGAUGGUUGAGUCCGAUGGGACCCAAACUGAAAUCGAAGAACUUACCGACCUGAUGGACGGUUCAGAGUACGACGGCGAGGAAGUCGCUGAGGGUAGCACCCUUGAUGCAGUUGUAAAGACUAGGGCAGGUGGCCGAGGUAGGGGCCAUCAAAAGAGUCAAGGGCAAACCGCCUCCAAUCAGUCCAAAGUAGCAGAUUGGGUAAGGCAGGUCUUGAUCAGGAUGUGUGGCGGGACCGCCGAGUGCGUGGUGCUUGCAUCAAAUGUGGUGAAUAUGGAGACACCCAGUACAAGUGCAAGAACGCAAAGAGGUCCUAGAGGGGAACAUUUCGUGGUGGAAGUUGCUGAAGGAGGCCGCAAAUGUGGUGCCUUCGUAGACAUCGGCUCCACGCGGAAUUACAUAAGUCGCGACUGUUUGGAAAGGCUGCACCUAAAGGACCGGGUACAACACCUUUGUAGACCGGUAGCAUCUACUUUGGCCAAUAAGGAGCGCAUGGUUGUCACAGACUAUAUCCAGGAUGUAGUCUGUACCUUCUCCUAUGGAGGAGGGGAACUUAAUCAUAAGAUUUCGUUCCUGGUUAGCAAUGACUUACCAUUCGAUAUGCUGUUAGGAAUGCACUACCUUGAGGUUGCCAAGCCCCAGUUUGACUGGGACAAGAAGGUGCUAAAGCAUAAGUUGCAGGAUGGAAGGACCGUGAGACUGGCUAAGUAUAAGGCUAGUAGUUUAAUAGAAUCCUAUGGCUGCUUGUGCGCAUCAGCAUUCUACAGUUACUAUAAACAGAACCAAGCGGAGGGUAUGUACCUAGUGUAUGUCUCUGAGAAAGGGGAGGCCGUUAAAACACCCCCAGAGAUAGAACACGUCGUUGCUAAGUUCCAUGAUCUGUUCAAAGAGCCCACAGGAGUCGUAGACAGGGAGAUUGUCCACACCAUAGAAAUCAUUCCAGGGAGUAAAACCCCAAAGGGAAGGAUCUAUAGGAUGGCUCCAACCGAGUUGGACGAACUUCGGCGACAACUGAAAGAGCUGACAGAAAAGGGUUGGAUACGGCCGAGUACUUCCCCCUUCGGAUCUCCAGUGCUAUUUGUACCGAAGAAGGGGGGAACAUUGAGGAUGUGCAUUGAUUACAAAGGCCUCAAUGCCAUCACAGUGAAGAACGCAGAGCCUCUACCUCGCAUAGACGACCUAUUGGACAAGGUGCAGGGAUGUAAGUACUACAGCAAGAUAAACUUAAAGUUCGGCUACCAUCAGAUUGCUAUAAGACCUGAGGAUCAACAGAAAACUGCAUUUCAUACCAGAUACAGUCUGUACGAGUUUGUGGUGAUGCCCUUUGGCCUUUGCAAUGCACCGGGUACAUUCCAACACGCCAUGAAUACGAUCUUCCAUGACUACUUAGAUAAGUUUGUCGUCGUGUACCUUGACGAUAUUCUCAUCUUUAGUAAGUCUGUCAAGGAGCAUGCACAACACAUAGAAACUGUACUAUCACUCCUGCGACAACACAAGUAUAAGGUCAACCUAGAGAAAUGUGAGUUUGGACGCACUAGGAUCUUGUACUUGGGUCAUGAGGUAUCCGCGGAAGGAAUUAGGCCGGAAGAUGCAAAGGUGGCUAGUAUCAGGGACUGGCCACGACCUCAGACUGUUACUGAGGUCAGAUCUUUCUUAGGGAUGUGCGGCUACUAUAGGAACUUUGUGAAGAACUAUUCCACAAUCGCCUCUCCUUUGACUGAUCUAACUCGACUUGACACGCCAUGGGACUGGAGUGAUGAGUGCGAGGCUGCUUUCAAACGAUUGAAGCAUGCACUCAUGAAUCAUGAGAUGGAUCCGGUAAAUGGGGUGUACGGAAAGGACAGCGCUCCAGACACCUGGAGGUACGGCACCGAGACCCCAAAGUUCCGGACGCCUCCAAGCCCCAAGCCCCAGCAGGGUAGGUCCGAAAGGUCCACGCAGCCGUAUACCCUGAAGGAGCAAGCCAAAAUUGAUGCGAAGUUGACAAAACAGAAGGGAAAAAAAGCGGAAAGAUUGAGAAAGGAGGAGGAGAUGGAAAAGAAGUUGGAGGAGGAGGAAAAACAGUUAGAAGAAGAGAAGAAAAAGGUAGAGGAAAGGAUGCGGAAGGAGAUGGAAGAAGAGGCAAGGAAGAUCGUCGAGGAAGAAGAAAUUGACAGCAGAUGAGGAGAGAUAUGAUUUGGGAGCCCCGCUUUCUGAAUGCGUCAUUACACCCAUUUGUGAGCUUGACAGCCCGCUUCAGGAGGUUUGCAGAACACCAGGUACAAAGCUGAGAUCUCACUCCCAAAUCAAGAGCACAACAUGUC